AUGCCCGUUUCAAGAGUUCUGCUUCCUUGGGUAGAGGUCUCGCCGCCGCCGAAGCUUCCCCGCCGGGCUCGGCCGUCCGGCCGGCGCUCGCCUCACCUCGCCUCGCCUCGCCUCGCCUGGGCGGCCCCCGGACCUGCCGAGAGCGCUCCUCGGUCGCCCCGCCGCCCGCCGCCCGCCCGCCCCGCGCGCGGCUUAUGCGAGGCCCGGCCUCGCAGGGCUNGGAACUUCGACUUUCGGCGCGGGCAGCCCCUGGAGGGCCGCUUCGAGUGGCGGGCGCUGGACCGGGCGGCGCUGCCCGACUUCUACAGCCGCCCGCCGCGGCUCGGCUCGGCCCGGCAGCCCGACGGACCCCAGCGCCGCCCGGAGCCCGGCGCCGACCGCUCGCCGCCCGGGGUGCUUCGCUGCGCGCAGGGAGGAGAGGCGGCGGCGCCGGAGCCGGAGCCCCAGCCGGAGCCCCAGCAGGACGGGGCCGCGCCGGCCCGAGGAAGCGCCGGCCCCAGGAAGCGCCCUGCCGCCGAGGAUUCCUCUCCUCAAAGCAAAAGAGCCAACACAGCUGAAGAAAUUUCUGAAGAUCCUCCAGAAGACCCGCUGGUGGCCAGCUCCGAGGAACAGACACCGAAGAAGAAGAAGAAGAAGCAGCAGCAGCCCGGUCCGAAGCGGUGCCAGACGUAAAUGGGUGGUUUGUCGAGAAUUAAAGAAUAUUUGUUUCCUUCAACUUGGAGGAGGCAAAAGAAGCCAGGAAGACCCAGCGCUUGCAUUCAUACAUGCACCUGUAGGUGUAUGAAUACGUGAAUGAAAGAAAAACAUAUCACUGAUUCUCCAUGGGAUGGGGAACACGUUAAAGCACUGAAAAGAAAAAAAAAAAUCUGCAGUGGAAUAACACUAAACCGGGCCGUCUUAAAAAGGGCCUGCCUCUUAAAAAGCAAUGGAUGUAGCAUUCUGCAAUUAGGUUUUUCCUCAUUUGCUUCUUUGUACUACCUGUGUAAAUAGUUUUUACAUUAUGUAGCACAUAAACCUUUCUCCCCUCUUUGGGGGGGGAGGGGAGUUUUUGUUUGUUUUGUGAAGGGGUGGAGCUAAUGAAAGGUGAUGGGUUCGAAAUCUGCUUCCAAACCCCAGGCUGAAGCAGAUGCAGUUUAUUAAAGGAACAUUGCCCCCCCCCUUUC